GCAAUCACAUAAGUCAGCAGUAAACAUAUCAAACAUUUAUUUUUUAAUAUAUAUUUUUGUUCUUGCACUGUGGCUGUUGCCGGAUAUUAAAAUUCUUAAAAAAAGAAGCAUUCAAUAGUUGUCUUUGGGGCGAAAGCGAAAAAGCGGUGACCAAAAAAGUUAGUUCGUGUUUCAAAAAAAAAUGCCGGUGAAUGUUGGAGUUCUUCUUCUGUGGUUCUGUCACUGCAUCACACUCUAGAGUAUAGGUUUUCAAGUGCUAUUUUGGUGAUCUUUUGAAGGUGUGUAGACAGACGACCACCAUAAACUGGUACACAAGCACUACAUGGUACAAUUAUUGCAUUUCAUCUCACUGUCAACGUUUCACUUUCAGUGAAAUAAGUGCACUCGAUAUCUGUAACAGGCAUAGGCCAUAUAAGUAGGUUGCCAAAACUAUUAGGACAGACACUAGAAUCCAUUCCAUUUCAUCGAUUAAACAAGCAGAGCAAAAUUUGCAUUGCCCCCAUGUUUUGCAUCUACAACAUGCUGCCAUUGCAUGCAUAGAAAAGAUUUGCACUCAUUCAUUUGGUGUUAAAUCCUAACGGAGGAAAAUACAACAACUUUAGAGAUAUAAAAACAAAAAACAUCCUUGCAGUCUUUCACGAAGCACCGCCAUCACCACCGAAACCGCCAUGACAACGAAAUCAAAGCAAGAUAAGAAUAAAAUGUCGGAAAUUGAUGAAAAUAUAUCCAAAUUGUUUGAUAUCAAAAAGCGCCUUGGUAAGGGAGCUUAUGGCAUCGUUUGGAAAGCUUUGGACAAACGCAAUAACGAAACGGUGGCUGUUAAGAAAAUUUUCGACGCUUUCCGAGAUGAAACCGAUGCUCAACGUACCUUCCGUGAAAUUGUUUUCCUCAAGGCAUUCCGCCACCAUCCCAACAUUGUUAGGCUACACAAUGUUUACAAAGCCUCUAAUAAUCUGGACAUUUAUCUAACAUUUGAAUACAUGGAAAGUGAUUUGCACAAUAUAAUCAAAAAAGGUGCAAUUCUGAAAGAUAUACAUAAGAGAUAUGUGAUGUACCAGUUGAUAAAUGCCAUAAAGUAUAUCCAUUCAGGCAAUGUCAUCCACAGAGAUCUUAAACCUAGCAACGUUCUUAUCGACAGCAAAUGCAGAUGUAAAUUGGCUGAUUUUGGCUUGGCUCGUUCCGUUUCCAAUUGGCCCACACGCUGCGAUUCCCAUGAUAUGAGCAAUGGAGGCGGUGAUGCUCCUCUGGAGCCCCUAUUAACGGAUUAUGUGGCAACUCGUUGGUACCGGGCUCCAGAAAUUUUAGUAGCUAGCAAAAGGUACACCAAAGGUAUAGAUAUGUGGAGUUUGGGCUGUAUUUUGGGUGAAAUGAUUCGUGGCAAACCCUUGUUUCAAGGCAGUAGUACAGUUAAUCAGAUUGAGAAGAUAGUUUCCACCUUGCCCGAUAUAACAGAAGAUGAUAUCAAAUCUGUAGGUGCUGGCUUCGGCUCAGUUCUAUUAAAGAAACAAAUAGCCAAAGAGAAGAAGAUUGCGUUCAGCGAUUUACUAAAUGAAGCCUCCAAAGAUGCCUUGGAUUUGGUAAAAGCAUUGCUGGUUUUGGAUCCCUUGGGCAGGUUGACUGCCAAACAGGCACUAAACCAUCCAUAUGUUCAAAAGUUUCGUAAUUCCAUACCAGAACUAGAGCUAAAUGUGGAUAUAUUGCCGCCAUUCCGAGAUGAUGUACGCCUGAGCGUACCUGAGUAUAGAUCGAAACUGUACGAAAUCGUUCAAAUUUCUUCUUCAGAGAAAAAGCAGUCUGAUCUCAUAACUAAAAUUGGUGAAAGUAAACCGCAGCGCAGCGAAAGCAAAUCGCAAAUAAAUGGCUCAGAUAAAGCUGAUGGAAAAAAACUUACCAAGCUUAAGCAAAGCAGCAAAAAGGGAAACUCUGAAGACAAAUAUAAGACACACCAGCUGCUGGGCAACGCGGAUAGGGGACCGCAGUCACAAAACGAGGCAUUAAAGACUGUAACAAAAUCAGCUACCAGUACCACGCCCUUGGCAAAACGAAAACAGAACAAAAUCUUGAGUAGUACAAUUGCAGUUGUGGAUACAAAAUACGAAUCUUCCAAAGUGCUGGAAGAUCGCCACAUACCACGAACCAAGUCUCAAAGCCAGCAAUAUCAACUAAAGGCCAAUGGCUCAAAUGAUACCGAAGAUUAUACUUUGUCAAAUGGCAAACGCCACUCCACAAGCAACAGUAACACCAUUGGGCACAAUUCAGGCACUUCCCUUAGGAGUCUUACCAACUCUCACAGGCUUUAUAAAAGUUCGACAGCAUUAAACAAACUUGACAACGAAGUGUACAGCAAAACGCCGGAUCACAAAUCAUAUAAUGCAAUAUCGGCAGCUACUUCUCCUUCGCUACGCCAGACAAAAUCGGAAACGUACUAUUGCAACAAAUCUCCCUGCAGUGAGAAAUCCCAAGCCCAGGAAGAACGCUUCUGCUAUGAGCUGCGCAUAAAAAGACUAAAAGACAAAAUGGAGCACUACAAGAUGGAGACAAAGAAUGUUUGCUGCGGUACCGUGAAUUACGCCAAACACAAAGAUAAAUCGAAAACAAGCGAAGAGCUUUCAGACAACAAUAAUAAGUACGAUCGAGAAAUCGAAAAGCAACAUCCUUUUAAAUUUAUGCCUCCCUCUACCAUGAAAUAUCCAAAUGCACAAAUGAAAAAUAACUACAUCGAGUUGCUAAGUAAGACCAACCGGUCGCAACAACAGCAACAUGACGAUACAAACAAACUCGAAAUGUCCAGCAUUUCCGGCAAUUGGGACAAAACCGACUACAACCUCAUUCAAAUGAUGGAAACUUCAAAAUCUUUUUCGAGACGUAGCAAGGAGGAAAAGAAAUAUAUAAGCAACAACAACUACAACAACAACCAACGAUUGUACCAGCACGAACAGAAGCCGCACAAAGAACAAAAUGUGCCACUACAAAAACAUUCAUCCCGUCCUAUUUCAAAAUUUAUUUGAUGUCCUCAUAUACUAUAUUCCAUGUUUCAGCGAGUCGUUACCCCGCAAUGACUUCCUGCCCAACUGCCUGUUUUUUUUUUCUACAAUUUUACUGAAAUACAAAAUAUAUAUUUUAUAAUGUCUUUGUAUACAGCCA